CGUAUUUGCUUUUUCCUGAGGCUCAACUAACGCCAGCAUAACCUCCAAUAUCAUUCUGCAUUAAUUCAUUAUUUCUUUCUUCUCUCUGAUCCAAAGGCUGAGCGUUUUUUCUACUUACCCCUGUCAACCCCCCAUGACAAUGUUCAGGGGAUGGAAACCGCCUCACUUACACGACAGACAGGGCCAUGACUCGGCUGAGCGGAUCAUCAUGAGCACUUGACAAAGAGUUUACCAUACUAUCAGAUCGCUUAUUAUUAGCUACAGCAGUAGACGCAAUCCUAUCGGCACUAAUCCGUGUAUUCCGGGCAUGGUCUCCGCUCUGUUCGUUAGUUGAUCGACGGAGGGGAAAUGACCCAAGUUGGCUCUGAGAGGGCUGAGUCUUGGAGGGCUGAGGAUGUAUUGACCACCUGUUCGUUGGCAGACAUGAUGCAACGGAUAGAUACAUGCAUUUACGAUGCUCUACAGUAUCCAGUGCUGAUCAACACGACCAGAAUCAACGGCUCAUCAGCUCUAGAAUCAUAAGACACGCUUAAACUGAACCCCCCGCUUAAUUAUUGACCGUACAGGUAGUAUUGGGGCACUAUAUACGAGUCAAAGCGCAAUUCCCACCUCUGCUCUCCUCACUUUCAGUCCAGGUCCAGAUUGCCGAGAAGCAGCACGCACGCAUUGCAUUACCUGACCUGUAAAAGUUAAGCCCCUCCAUAGACUAUUCAAUCAUAAAUAGACUCGUUCUUCCUCUCAGCUCAGCUCACUCUCUCUAUAAAUCAUCAAUCUUCAACAUAUCAGCUCCACACAUGGUUCUGUGGCUUGCUAUAACCCCCACGUGUCAUCACCAACCUCUUGUAUCGCGUGUUGAUCACUACGAUAUACAUAUACAUACAGUAUAACCAUAACCAUAAGGGUAUUCACCUUUAUGGUUACUCAUCGAUCACUUUAUCAUGAAACAUAACAACAACGUCAGACUUCUCGCUGUUCUCGCAGACCCAGAAUCAGACGAGAAGAGCGAGUAUCGCUUCCUCGUCGACGGCGCUCACGUAAGAUACGUCACACUAGACGGGGGUCUCAUAGACCCUGAACAUCGCACAUACGAGCCAAAACUCCUCCCUCAACUCCCUGUAUUUCCCCCCGGGGACUGGAACGAGGGCCGUGUCGGAAAGGACGGGCAUACAGGGAAGCCUUUCUUCUGCGAGACGAGAAGAAGCAGUUUGCCUGGGAUUGGAAAUGUCUGGCAUGAUGUUAUGGUAGAUCAUCUUGAGCUCCGCCAAAUCGAGCGUGUGCGCCAAACACUCUAUCGUGUAUCGCAUCCUUCUUCUAAGACACCGGUACUGGCAAAGUUUGCGCAGUUUCCAUGGGAGAUUCCUUACUUCGCUGCUGAGACGACUUCGUACGAAUGGAUUCACGGUCAAGGCAUCGGUCCUGAGUUUCUCGGUCAUAUUCACGAGAACGGGCGAGUCAUUGGUUUCCUCCUCGAAGAGAUUCACGAUGCUCGGACUGCAGAACCUGAAGAUCUCGCCGCAUGCCAGCGAAGUCUGCAAAAACUGCAUGAUCUGGGUAUUGUACAUGGCGAUAUCAACAAGCACAACUUCCUCAUCAGACAAGACGGCGAUGCUGUCCUCAUCGACUUCGAGACAGCCUACAAGUGCACAGAUCCAGAUAUACUAGAUGAAGAGUAUCGACAUGUGAAAGAGAGUCUGGAAGAUACAUCAGGGCGUGGAGGAGCAGGUAUGGCGAGCGAUUCAAGUUCAGAUUAAAUGGGUUAUGAGUAUACGGAUUACGGUACAGCAUAUUACCACAUGUGCAACAGGUUUUCAUCACGAAUAACAGGCGUUAUCUUUUUCUGAUACCAGGGUAUACAGCAAAUGUCAAUUUAUCUUAUUGACUAAUAAACAAGAAUUCUUUUUACAAAAACAAAAAAAAAAAAAAAAAAAAAACGUGCCCGAUUUCCAAGGGUCUAUCAAGCCCGAGAAACACCAAAAGCGCCAUCAAGAAGAAGAAAUAGUACAGUGAACAUCUCCGAGCUUAGUUCAGGAGGAUCUGCUGCACAUACUGGGGUCCGAACAAAGGCUCGCCGAACGCAGAGCCAGGAAGAGUAGCGACAGGCUUCUCAGCAAGCUUGCCAUCAGCACCUCGCUGAAGAGCAACGAGACCGCUGGUACCGUUCUGGUUACCAACAAAGACGUGCUUAGCAGUUCGGCUGAAGCUCAUCAUACGGGGGAGGAGGCCACCAGAUGAGACGGUAUCGGCAUAAGUGAGAGUUCCGCACUCAGCGAUGGUGAAGCGAGCGAUAGAGUCGGUCUCGUUUCCGGACAGACGGUUGGAGAUGUAAACGUCCUUGUUGUUAGGAGCGAGAAGGAUCUCACCAACAGCAGCGGUCUUGGGGUCCUUGGCAGGAGCGUCCUUGCCGUAGGUCGAGAUAGACUGGUGGUGCUUGAAGGCAAGGGUGUUCUCCUUGUAGGAGACAGAGUAGACGAGGGCCUGGUUGCUCAGCUCACAAGCAACGAUGUAGUGAGUAGCCUUCUUUCCACCACGAGGGUAGAAGACACCAUGUCGAGGACCGCAGCCAGCCUCAACAGGAAUGUUCUUUGCGAUCUUCGACCAGAAGGGUCAAGGUUAGCCUGAUGAGGGUGAGAAGCAGCCUGGCGCUCCUUAUCGGGGCCAAGCUUUCCAGGAGACUUGAGAGUCUUGACGAACUCCAGGCCACCCUUCUCAGUGUUCCAAACAUCAAUGGUACCAUUUCCAUAAGCAGCACCGACGAGGCGUGUCUUGUCCGAGUUGAACUCAAGAUGAACAACGCCGACACUUCCGGCCUUCUUGGUCUUGAGGGUAAGCUUAUUAGCCUCGAGAUCAAGAUUGAAGAGUCUCAGCUCAUCAGAGUUCUCGUCAACGGCGUAGAGCAAGUUGGGGUCAUAGUAGGCCAUCCAUGAGUUACCGCCCUCGAUCUCCUGGUUCAGAGUGAGCUCGAACUUGCCCGUCUUGGGGCUGAAGUCGGCGACGUAGAUGUGGCCAGAGUUUCCGAGAAGGAUGCGCGCAGCAGCGGAUGAAGAUGCUGAGGCAGCGGGGUAUGAGCUGCGUGCAAUGUUAGGAAGCGCAGAGGCAGAUGUGGCGAGAGUGGCCAAGAGGCCAGCGAUAGUGUACUUCAUGUUGUUGUGUGAAGCGUGUUUUGUUUUGUGUUGUUUCGUUUCGUUUCAAAGUCGUAGUAGUAGUAGUAGUAGUAGUAGUAGUAGUAUACUGCAAUAGCGAUCGACAAUCAAUAUCGAAUGGGGUAUCAAAAGCUGAAA